AUGGCACCAACUCAUGCUGCUAAAAUUAAGAAAGCUUGUACCGCCAUGAAGGAAUAUGAUAGACCAGAGGCUAAAGUCAAGUCGGUUCUCAAGAAACUUCUCAAGUCCUAUGAUAACAAGUGGGAUUUCAUAGAAGAUGAAGGUUAUAAGGUUCUCUUAGAUGCAAUAUUUGACGAGGCAGAUGUGGAGGUCACUGAAAACAAAAAGAAGGAAGAAGAAAACAAGUCCAAUGAUGUAGCAACGACUAGGGGAAAGAAGAAGGCUCUUGAGCAAACUCAACUUGUGGUGAAAGACGAAGACGAUGAUAUUGAUGAAGAAGAAACUCCUCUGAAGAGAAGGUUGCGCCGAAAACGUGAUAACAACUCAAGCCUUAGUUUAGCCAGUCCCAUCUCAAAGAAGGCCCGAGAAGAGGAGCCUAACCCUGAAGCAGAAGAUGAGGAUGAUGAUAUGAAUGCAUUACCUCCUUUGAAAAGGUACUUGCGCAGAAGAGUUGAAAGAGGCUCUGCAAUAACCGAGUACAACAACACAAGUCAGCUUCCACCAGUAAUCUUCUUACCAGCUGGUCCUCUACAGACUGGAAACGACUCUGAUGCUGGUGCACUUGUUAUCUUCAACGAUGAGCCCUUUACCGAGCAUAAGCCUAUCAUUCCAGAUACAGUGAACUGUUCUGCUCCCAUGCUCGAGAUGGAGAAAUCAAAUAUGCCUGUGGAAGAACAGAAUGGUGAACCUGAAGGUACUCUCAAUGAUACUACUUCCAUGGAUGUUCCUCCUUCAGCUGUUGAGGAAUCUCGCGAGUACAAAGUUGCUGCUGCUGCACUUGAAUUAGCUUCUUCGACUUCAGGUGAGGCGAAGAUUAGUCUUACCUUCUCGCCUGCAACUGAAGAAACAUUUUUGCGUUUGCCUUCCAUGGAGGAUCUUCGGAGAGCAAUGGAGGAGAAAUGCCAGAAGUCAUACAAAAUUAUACACCCUGGUUUCUCGGUCCUUGGCUUCAUGAACGACAUGUGUAGCUGUUACAUAGACCUGGCAAAGAAUUCAAAAAACCAGACACUUGAAACAGAAACAGUCUCUGAUCUGAGUAAGGCUGGUGAUGAAAGCAGUGCAGCUGACAUUUCCAUGAGGUUGGUAUUGUUCCGGAAUGUGAGAUCUCUGCAGAUGGCUGGAGAGCAAUUAGCAACAUGA